UGUCGAUUGUGGUGUUUGCCUGCGUCGUCUGUUUUAUUUUACGAUUGACGCAAAGAGGAGGAUAGAAGAGGGCUUCAGUGCAAUGGUUGGAUAUUUUCGUAAAUUAUCACCUGCCAAGCUAUAACCCACCUUUUUUGCUUGUUUGAUUGAAGAAUGCGCUGGCUACAGGUGUAACUGGAACUGCACAAGCAUGAGGUCUGUUUAAAGCUGCAGAAGCUGUUCAAAUCUUUGAAUUUCCAACUUCAACUGUUUUUUGCAAUUUCCACUUUGGUUGAUAUCAUUUGACGUCUUAUAAAGGCCAAGAAAGGCGUCGUUUGGCCAUUUUCAAGGUUGCCAGUCACUCAUUAAAAUGAGUACCAGCAAGGUGAUAAGGUACUCAGGAAAUCAGCCUAUAACCAUCAAGCGAUGGAAAGCCAAAGAGGGCGAUUUUGUGUCUGUUGGUGCCAUUCUGUUUACAUAUGCACCAAUUGGAGAUGCUGGGUCUGGCUCCAAUGCCUCAACUGAACUGAAGUUCAAAAGUGAUGCAUAUGGAAAUCUGGAAAAGAUUGCUGCUAGGGCUGGUGAGACAGUUCAGCCCGGCAUUGAGGUGGCACAAAUGGGAGCCUGUCCCCAUCCUGUUGUUAUGAAGGACAUGUGUGCAGAGUGUGGAGCUGACCUGAGAACGGAAGAUAGCCAAGGGUCCGCGUCUGUGGCAAUGCUUCACAGCAUACCUGAGCUUCGUGUGAGCAAAGAGCAAGCUGAAACAAUUGGGAAAAGGGAUACGGAACUUCUAUUGCAGCACAAGAAACUGGUUUUGCUGGUAGAUCUGGAUCAAACACUGAUCCAUACAACCAAUGAUGAAAUACCUGCAAAUAUCAAGGAUGUGUAUCAUUUCCAGCUGUAUGGAAGCAACUCUCCCUGGUAUCACACCAGAUUUCGGCCAGGUACGCAGGAAUUCCUGAAAAACAUCUCAAAGUACUAUGAGCUUCACAUCUGCACAUUUGGUGCACGUCUGUAUGCCCAUACCAUUGCCAAGUUCCUGGAUCCAGAUGGUGUGUACUUUUCGAACAGGAUUCUCUCACGAGAUGAGUGUUUCAACCAGCAGAGCAAGACGGCUAAUCUAAGAGCUCUCUUCCCCUGUGGGGACAAAAUGGUCUGCAUCAUUGAUGACAGGGAAGAUGUUUGGAAUUAUGCUCCAAAUCUGAUCCAUGUCAAGCCAUACCAUUUCUUCAAGCACACAGGUGACAUCAAUGCGCCACCUGGCCUGGAGAAGGCUGAACAGGAUGACAAGGAAGGCUUUGACUUUUCAAAGCUGGAGACUACAAAAGAAGAACCACCAGAGGAAGAUGGAAGACCACCAGCUGGUGCAGUCCAAAGACGAGACUCAAUGCCCAACCUCUCCGAUGAUGAGGAUGAGGGGUCCAAUGAUAAGCCAGAUCCUUCGUCCGUUGAACAGGCUACUCCAGCAGUAGCAGAGGAACUUAGUGAUGAUCUCAACAUCUCUGACGAUGACGAUGAUGAGGCAGGGUCAUCCCCACAGGAUCCCGCUGCCCUUCCCGCCGAGGACGAUAAGCGGACCGCGGACCUGUCGCCAAAUGCCAAAUCGCCCGACGGCAGUGAGCCAGCGGCGGACAACUCGAGACAGAAAGACACCGCGGAGAUAACAUCACUGCCGGAGCCGACCGCAGAGCAGAGCCGUGAGCCAGACGGUGUCGACUCCCGCUCGGCUCCGGACCAGGACGGCUGCGAUUCGGGCGGCGCGGGCGAGCCUGGUGGCGGCGGCGUGUCCGGCAGCCCAAAGCCGGGCGUGGCGCCCGAGUCUCCGGCCGCCGGCGACGCGGCGGCGGCCGGCUCGUCGCCUGCGGCCGCCCGCGAGGCGGAGGCGGCCGGCGGCAGCCAGGCAGACGCCGCCGGCGAGCAGCGCUUCCCGUCCGACGUCAGGGACGGCGCCGCCGCCUCCGAGACGCGCGAGCUCGAGGUGGAGGACACGGACGACUACCUGAGCCACCUGGAGGACAUCCUGCUGCUCAUCCACCGCGCCUUCUACUCGAUGCUGAAGAAAAGCGACGCCGGCGAGCCGCCCGACCUGCGCCUGCUGAUCCCCUACGUAAGGAAGAAGGUGCUCAAGGGUGUGCGGCUGGUGUUUAGCGGCGUGGUGCCCAACAACCAGGAGCUGAGCAGCAGCCGGCCCUACCAGGUGGCCACUAACCUGGGCGCCGUGGUGCAGGACAGGCUGGUGAGGAAGGGGCCCCGGGACGAGCUCACCACCCACCUGGUGGCCGCCCGGCUCGGCACCGCCAAGGUUAACGAGGCGCUGCGCUCCAAACGCAUCCAGCUGGUGACGCUCGACUGGCUGUGGUCGUGCGCAGAGCGCUGGGAGCGCGUGGACGAGCGGCUUUUCCCGCUGCGCGCCGACACGGCCGUCAGCCGGGCGCCGCCGGCUCACUGCUCCAGCCCCGACCCGCAGGGCGAGCGCACGCGCCGACAGAGCUUUCAGGAGACGCUCAACCCGCUGCUGACGUUCUCGCCGGACGACAUCGCGCGCAUGGACGAGGAGGUGGAGGACAUCCUGCAGAGCGGCUCGGACCAGGACGACGACGCCGACGACGACGAGGCGCGGCGAGAGACGCCGCCGCCGCGGCCGGAGGCGCCGGCGCCGCCGCCGCCCGACGACUCGGACAGCGAGCGCAGCGACGAUGACGGCGCCGGCGCGUCUUCAGCCGCGCACCGCGCGCCCAGCGAGGACGGCUCGAGCGGCGACGAGUCGCACCCGGCGGCCACCGGGCGCGGCGCCAAACGGCGCGCCAGUGACGGCGGCGACUCGAGCGAGGACGAGUCGCCCAGCGUCAAGUUCCGGCGCGGCGAGCCGCUGCCCAGUGACGACGAGCUGGGCGGCGACGGCAACGACAGCGACGGCAACGGCCCGGACCUGGAGGAGGACUGGAGCAUGAUGGGCGCCGAGCUGGAACGGGAGCUGGGCGACGGCGACGGCGCCGACUAGCCGCUAGCCCGUCUCUGUGGGACCUGAACUCGGGCCGGUGGCGCGCGCGGCCCAGCGCCGUCUGCCGCCGAGCAGUGUGCUCCGUGCGGGCGGCGAGGAUUGCUCGCGGUGACAGUGGAUGGCGAGUCCGGUGGUGGUGGCGGAAGGCAGGCGCGGUGCGUUCGGUUGCAGUCGGAGUGCGCUGUUCCUUGUGUCGAUGGUUGUUUGAAUGUGGUGUGGUGUGGUGUGGCGUGGCCGGCCCGACCCGGACACUUGGGUCCGAUUCAACCUCAAUUCGUUCGCAAUAAUCGGACAGCGGCACGAGCGGAGCCGCCGCGCCCCGCGUGCCGUUCAUCUUCAUUUUGUGUUCAGGCAGUCUCUGGCGCGCAGAUUCGCUGGACCGUGCCAAGCGCCCCGAAGGCGACCAGGGGUAUCCUGCGCCAAUGAAUAUGGGGCUGAUGCGCGUCAGAUGUGCGCUAUUAGCUCUUCGAAAGAUUGGUGAUGUAAAACACUAGUGUUCGGUCGAUUAGGUGUAUGCGGACUCGUUUUAGAAUGGCUCGAGUGACGGCGUCACGUGUACGAUUGGACUGGAUUUGCUGGUACCUGUAUGACUGAGACGCUCGCCCAUCGCUCCGGCGGCGAAUGAUCUCCACAAAUCAUCUGCGCAUUCAUCUUUUGCGUCAUGCUCGCGGGGAGGGUGCUUCGUGGGCCGUCGGGCCAUGGCGUCACAUUGGCCUAGCGCAGUCCGCUACUGAUUUCUGUCCGUAAUUAUCAUCUUCAAACGCUUCAUCGCAGCAGUGACCCAGCUUCACCGUGGCCCAUUCCCGCCGGCGAUUGCGGCACCGGCUCUGGUAGCUGCCGCCUCCGCGUGUUUUUGUCGCUGUAUUGUCGCUGCGUGGAUCUUUGACCGCUUUUUUCCGCCACCUGUCUGUACCAGUUCCGCUGCGCCAAUAACUGCAAGCCCCACGUAACAGCUUUUGUCGCUUCUAGCGCUAUGUAUUGUUCGGGCACGUGAGACAGCGCAACGCAAACGAACUCGAUGCCACAUGAAAUACAUAUGUUUUGUAA